AUAAUUUGCAAUGUGGAUUCCGGAUAAAGUUCAUUAUUUCCCUCUAUAUGCUAGAGAGGGAAGAUCUUAUUCACUUGGAGAUAUUCUCAUUUUUAUGUUAUUAUCAAUUAUUAUUAAUCUCAUUCUUACGUAUAAUCAAUAUCAGCAUUGGGUUACUGAUUGUGUAUUUUUGCAUUUUCUUCAUAUAUAUUGAACGCGAUGCGAAUUUUAAUUUAUUAAUUGCGUAAACUUGCUUUUUGAAGAAAUCAAAUGUGAUAUUACAACAUAAUAUACAUUUAAAUAAAAAAGACAGAAUUUAAAAAAACAAAAAAAUUAUUGAAAACGAAAAAGGAAUGCAGAUGCAUUACGAUUAGAACGAAAGAGGGAGAGAAAGAGAGAUAGAGAGGGAAGAACCAUACAUACAUAGGGGACAAUCGCACUCUCUACGGUUCUGUCGGUUCAGUCACACUGCGUCACUUGAUCGAGCGACUUCGUGCUCGUUUCUUUCCUUUUGGACUCGUUGACUACUAUCCUUUUUAUUUAGUUUCUCUUCUCUCGUGUCUCGAAUAAAUAUUUGUCGUUUCUUUAUUUUUCCUUGUUUUUUUUUUUAUCUAAAAAAUAGUUUUAUUGCUAUUGCGAAUAUAAACAUUUAGUCUUUGGAAAGCAAAAGGACAAAAUAAGAUUAAUAACUGAAAAUAGAAAUUUUUCAACGACGUUCCACCUUUACUGCAUUGAUACUCCAAAAAGUUCCGAGGUGCACGUGAACCUACCGAUUGAAUCUGCUUGCGAAGCAUCUGUGUUCCUCAUCGACCGAUCAUCUCUCGGAUUUAAAAGGGAUCGUUUGCUAUAAUUUAAGUGGCAAACAAGGUUAAAAAGCCCCAAUCAUGAACGGAAUUUCCAGCCAAUGUACUAAAAUUAAGGAUCUAAAUAUAUAUGAUGACGAAGACAAACAUACAAUGAUGAUAAAAAAACCGGGACCAUUAAGGACUGUUUCCUGGUCAGAGAACGUCGAGGAAAGUAACUUGGAUGUGCCAGGAACUCCUAGAACUCCGCGAACUUCCACAACGCCAGGUCACGAAAAAUGCACGUUUCACCACGAUUUGGAGCUAGAUCAUAGGCCACCCACGCGCGAAGCCCUUCUUCCGGAAAUGUCACGGAGUUACAAGUUACUUUUGAGCUCGCUUGGCGAGGACCCGAAUCGACCAGGUCUUUUGAAAACUCCGGAACGUGCCGCGAAAGCUAUGCUAUUUUUCACGAAAGGUUAUGAUCAAUGUAUCGAUGACAUUAUAAAUGAUGCGGUUUUCGAUGAAGAUCACGAUGAGAUGGUUGUAGUGAAGGACAUCGAGAUGUUCUCCAUGUGUGAACAUCAUUUAGUACCUUUCUAUGGGAAGGUGUCGAUCGGUUAUCUUCCUUGUAAGAAGAUCCUUGGUCUCAGUAAAUUAGCCAGGAUUGUAGAAAUCUUCAGCAGACGUCUUCAAGUGCAAGAACGUCUUACCAAACAAAUUGCGGUAGCGGUAACGAAAGCAGUGCAACCAGCAGGAGUGGCUGUAGUCGUCGAAGGAGUGCAUAUGUGUAUGGUGAUGAGAGGAGUGCAGAAAAUAAAUAGCAAGACAGUUACAUCAACGAUGCUUGGCGUAUUCCGGGAUGAUCCCAAGACUCGCGAGGAAUUCCUUAAUCUGGUUCAUAAUAAGUAAAUUUCUUUCUUCGAAGUAUGAUUUUUUAUUAUUGGCCAAGGGACCACUGUAUUUAAAAUGGCCCCCAAUACUUUUCUUCUUUUAAUAUUUUUGUCAUACUGCUACCUCACUAGAAGGCGUCGAAAAACAGGUUGAUUUGAUGACGUGCUUUCUUGUAAUAUUCCUUUUACUUUUUUAAGGAAUAUUUUGUACACAUAACAUUUUAAAAUAAUAUUUUUUUAUUUUAAUUACUUUUUCAUGUAAGGAUAGUCAUAUCGACGUAAUAAAAUUAAACAAUGUUGUCUAAGACGUUUUUCAAGACACUCUUAAACUGCUGAUCGAAUGACACAAAGACAAUACGGUAAUUACAUAGGGAAAUUUUUCAUAAGUUUUACAAAUUAAUAUUUCUAUGCAAAGAAAAACUUAUGAAUCAUUUCCCAAAACGAUAUAUAUAUAUUUGAGAAAGUAUGUGAUAUUUUCGUUAGAUAUCCAACAUUGCUAAUAAUAUAUAUAUAUUAAUAAUAUUAUUAUGCUGCUGGACCAGCUAUAAUUAUGUUUUUGAUUAUUGUUAUACUUUGCAAAUACUUUCAUAAUAUUAUUAAUAUAUACAGAAAACUAAAUAGCAUUUAAAACGUCUUUGGUAAAAUAAUUGCGCCGUUUAUGAAAAUAAGAAAUUUCGAGAUCGAGGUUUCUCGAUCGGUAUGAACUGAACGAUUGCCAGAACACUUUCAACCAAUGGCCUCGUAAUUCGUGACAAUACAUAUUUUAGAUUCUAUACUAUGCGAUUCUGACUGAAAAGUGUUCGCAUCGCGAUAUAUCAUGCCAAACGAGAAACACAGAUAAGCCUAUUAUAUUUUAGAAAUAAUUUCUCAUGACGAAUAAACGAUAAAUCUUUUGAUUUCGUUAUCGUUUUCAGCUUGUAAAACGUUAACAGCCAUACGUUUUACAACACAAAAUGUUUUAAUAUUGAUUUUUUUCUAUUUUUUAAUUUUUUAUUGUAUACGAAUAUAA